UGCACAUUUUCAGGUCACCGUCCGGCGGCAGAAAUAUAAAGCUGUUGUUUCUUCGACUAUAUAAAAUAAAGAGAAGCGAAUAUUAUGUUCUCUUUAAUAUUAUCCACUUUCCAUCGAAGUGGGAGCUUUCACACUGUAUAAAAGUAGAAAAUGGAGGGCUGCGUGCUUCAUUUUUCUCCUAUUUCUCCCUCCCUCCCUCCUUCCCUCCACUUUUGAUUACUUUUUAAUCUUUUCUCCGUCACCCAUCAACUAAAAGAAAAGAGUAACCCAACUAUUUUAGCACUUGUAUACUUUUCAAGACCAAGAAUCAAACCCCAAACCUUCAAGUUUCAAUGCAUCACUUGCAUUCAUAUUUGUAUACCCAAUUGCAUAUUUGUAUACCCCAAACCUUCAAGUUUCAAUGAAGGUUCAGCAUCAACUGGUUUACCUUUGUUUCGUGUUUUUCUUGCUUUUUCAUUCUACAUUAGAGCAAGAAGACAGAUUGGCUUUGCUUCAAUUGAGAUCUUCUUUAGGAUUAAGAGCCAGAGAGUGGCCUAUUAAGGCUACCCCUUGUUCAAACUGGAGAGGUAUUACUUGCAAAAAUGGUCGAGUUACUGGGAUUAACGUCUCUGGUUUUAAGCGAACCCGAAAUGGGAGUCAAAAUCCUCAAUUCUUGGUUGAUGCCCUUCAAAAUUUGACUCUCUUGGAGUCAUUCAAUGCAUCAAAUUUUGCACUUCCGGGUUCUAUUCCUCAAUGGUUUGGCAUUAGACUUGCAGCUCUACAGGUUCUUGAUCUUAGCUUCUGUUCAAUAACUGGUACUAUUCCUUCAACUCUUGGCAAUUUGACAAGUUUAGUUGUUUUAUACAUAUCCAAUAAUGGUCUUAGUGGAAUGGUGCCUUCAAGUUUCAGUCAAUUGUCAAGUCUUUCAGUUCUUGAUCUUUCACACAAUUCACUUGGUGGGUCAAUUCCUGCAUCAUUUGGGUCUCUUGGGAACCUUACUUUGCUUGAUAUGUCCUCAAAUUUUUUGUCUGGGGCUAUUCCUCCUGUCAUUGGAACUUUAUCUCAGUUGAAGUUCUUGAAUCUUUCUCAGAAUAUGUUUUAUGGUAAUCUGCCGCCUGUAAUUCGGAGAUUCAGUUUUCUUGAUCUAUCAAACAACUAUUUCCAAGGCAAAGUUCCUCAGUACUGGCAAAGCAAUGUGUCCCUUAACAGAAAUUGCCUACAAAGAUUGGGAAGUCAAAGGGAUACAAGUGAAUGUGCAUCUUUCUAUGAUGAGCGAGGCUUGAUAUUUGACAAUUUUGGAGUGCCUAAUGCCAUGGAGCCUCCGGCUCCUAAAUCGGAAAAGAAGAGUCACAAAAAUGUAAUCAUAUCAGCUGCUGUUCUAGGGGGUGUCGGAUUUAUUGCUACUGUGAUAAUCUUUGUAGUGCUGCUGAUUUGUUGCUGCAAGAGGGGCACUACGAAUCAAAGGGUCACUGGUGUAGAGCCUGUUCCUACUAGUGCAAGUCCUUCCCCACCUCCAGGAGCAUCAUUGAAAUUUUCAAGUUUAGGAGUAGCAUUUAACUACCAGCAGAUCCUUCAAACAACCGGUGAAUUCAGUGAUGCAAAUCUUAUUAAGCAUGGACAUUCAAGUGAUAUAUUCCGUGGAAUCCUGGAAGGUGGGGUUCAUGUAGUAGUUAAAAGAAUUGAUUCCAGCUCAGUUAAAAAGGAAGCAUACUUGUUAGAAUUGGACUUCUUCAGCAAAGUUUCUCAUUCUAGAGUAGUACCUCUUCUGGGACAUUGUUUGGAGAAUGAAAAUGAAAAGUUUCUGGUAUACAAAUAUAUGCCAAAUGGAGAUCUCUCUAGUUCCUUGUUAAGUAAACACAAUUCAGAUGCUGAUAGUUUGCAGUCACUUGAUUGGAUAACGAGACUGAAAAUCGCUAUUGGAGCUGCUGAGUGUUUGUCUUAUCUGCAUCAUGAAUGUAAUCCGCCUCUUGUGCACAGAGAUGUCCAAGCAAGCAGCAUACUUCUUGAUGAUAAAUUUGAAGUACGGUUAGGGAGUUUGAGUAAGGUCUGUGCACAAGAAGGAGACACCCAUCAAAACAGGAUUUCCAGGAUUCUGCGACUGCCACAAACAUCGGAGCAAGGCGCAUCAGGUACGCUUAAUGCCACUUGUGCAUACGAUGUUUAUUGUUUUGGAAAGGUUUUGCUUGAGCUGGUAACUGGCAAGUUGGGUAUCAGUGCAUCUAGUGAUGCUACCAUGAAGGAUUGGUUGGACAAAUCACUGCCUUCCAUUAGUAUGGAUGAUAAGGAACUUGUAACAAACAUAGCAGAUCCUUCCCUAAUCGUAGAUGACGAUUUAUUAGAGGAAGUAUGGGCCAUGGCUAUUGUUGCCAGAUCUUGUCUCAAUCCCAAGCCUUCGAGGAGGCCGUUAAUGAGGUCUAUCCUUAAAGCUUUGGAAAGCCCAUUGAAGGUAGUUAGGGAAGAACACACUAUUACCGAACGACUUAGAACAACCUCGUCCAGAGGGUCAUGGAAUGCUACUCUAUUUGGGAGCUGGCGUAACAGCUUCUCGGAUAUAGUAGCUCUACCAGCUAAUAAGGUGGAAGGUGCAAGUAGUUUUAAGAAGUCAGCAACUACAGGGUCUCAAGGAAGUGGUCAAAUUGCAGAAGGGGUUCAUUCUUUCUCAACUAGACGACACUCAAAGGAGAUAUUUCCCGAAUCAUUGGAUGUGCAGGAUGCAGAGAGAAGGCGUGGUGAAUAGAAGGUUGUCGUUCUUGAUUCUUUGGGUGCCUAGCCUAUUGGUUGGUACCCUGUACAUUUUUGGGUUACUCCAGAUUACCAUGCUCUAUUCAAAUUUCAAAGACAGCACCAAUUGUGUAUGACUUUGGUUGUGAGUUUUUUUUUUUUGGGUACAGAUUGAUACAGCAGGAUUUAGCA